AUGGGUAAAAGAACACAAGGUUUCAUGGACUAUGUAUUCAGCAGAACUAGUACAGCUGGUCUCAAAGGUGCGAGACUCAGAUAUACGGCAGCAGCUGUCGCUGUUAUUGGAUUUGCACUUUUCGGUUAUGAUCAAGGUUUGAUGUCAGGUCUUAUUACUGGUGAUCAGUUCAACAAAGAAUUUCCACCAACGAAAUCAAACGGUGAUAAUGAUCGUUAUGCUAGUGUUAUUCAAGGUGCAGUUACCGCUUGUUACGAAAUUGGAUGUUUUUUCGGUUCACUGUUUGUUCUUUUCUUUGGUGACGCUAUUGGUAGAAAACCAUUGAUUAUUUUUGGCGCUAUAAUUGUCAUUAUUGGGACUGUUAUUUCUACAGCACCUUUCCACCACGCUUGGGGUUUGGGUCAAUUUGUUGUUGGUCGUGUUAUUACUGGUGUUGGUACAGGUUUCAACACUUCUACUAUUCCAGUGUGGCAAUCUGAAAUGACGAAACCAAAUAUUAGAGGUGCAAUGAUUAAUUUGGAUGGUUCUGUUAUUGCUUUUGGUACUAUGAUUGCUUACUGGCUUGAUUUUGGAUUUUCCUUUAUUAAUUCAAGUGUUCAAUGGAGAUUUCCAGUUUCUGUUCAAAUUAUAUUUGCUUUAGUUUUAUUGUUCGGUAUCGUUAGAAUGCCAGAAUCACCACGUUGGUUAAUGGCAAAGAAAAGACCCGCAGAAGCUCGUUACGUGUUAGCUUGUUUGAAUGAUUUACCCGAGAAUGACGAUGCAAUUUUAGCUGAAAUGACAUCUUUACACGAAGCUGUCAACAGAUCUUCGAACCAAAAAUCUCAGAUGAAAUCAUUGUUCUCUAUGGGUAAGCAACAAAAUUUUAGCCGUGCGUUGAUUGCAUCUUCUACCCAAUUUUUCCAACAAUUUACUGGUUGUAAUGCUGCCAUUUACUAUUCUACCGUUUUGUUUCAAACUACUGUUCAAUUGGACCGUUUACUUGCAAUGAUUCUAGGUGGUGUCUUUGCAACUGUCUACACUUUAUCUACAUUGCCAUCAUUUUACUUGGUCGAAAAAGUUGGUCGUCGUAAGAUGUUUUUCUUUGGUGCAUUGGGUCAAGGUAUUUCAUUCAUCAUCACAUUUGCUUGUUUGGUUAAUCCAACAAAGCAGAAUGCAAAGGGUGCCGCUGUUGGUUUAUAUUUAUUCAUUAUAUGUUUUGGUUUGGCAAUCCUAGAAUUACCAUGGAUUUAUCCACCUGAAAUUGCAUCAAUGAGGGUUCGUGCAGCUACUAAUGCCAUGUCAACCUGUACUAAUUGGGUUACCAAUUUUGCAGUUGUUAUGUUUACACCAGUUUUCAUUCAAACUUCUCAAUGGGGGUGUUACCUGUUCUUCGCGGUUAUGAAUUUCAUCUAUUUGCCAGUUAUCUUUUUCUUCUACCCAGAAACCGCCGGUAGGUCGUUGGAAGAAAUCGAUAUUAUUUUUGCCAAGGCCCAUGUCGAUGGUACAUUACCAUGGAUGGUUGCUCAUCGUUUGCCCAAGUUAUCAAUGACUGAAGUUGAAGACUACUCACAAUCCUUGGGUCUUCAUGAUGAUGAAAAUGAAAAGGAGGAAUACGAUGAGAAGGAAGCUGAGGCAAAUGCUGCUUUGUUCCAAGUGGAAACUAGUUCUAAAUCACCAUCAUCUAAUCGUAAAGAUGAUGAUGCACCAAUUGAACAUAAUGAAGUUCAAGAAUCAAAUGAUAAUUCAUCAAACAGCUCUAAUGUGGAAGCACCAAUUCCAGUACAUCAUAACGAUCCUUAA